AUGGGACGAAAACAUGAAACGCACUAUUCAACCUUGGUUGGAACUCUUUCAGGAUUUGACAAGUUCUUUAAUUUGAUUCUACUUAACGUGAUUGAAGAAUAUUAUCAAAUAGAAACCAUUUACAAGAAACAGAAAACCCUUGAUAAGGAGAAAGGAAUCACCAAUCGAAAACCUCGUAAUCGUAAACGAGCUGUCAAAUGUUACAUCCCCAAGCAAAGAAGCUUCCCACUACUUUUUGUCAAGGGAUGUUAUGUCAUUUUGUUAAGCAGAGCAGAUACGACCCAAAUUCAACAUGAUUCCAAGUUCAACGGUGAUUGA